ACUCCGCCUUGGUCCCUUGUUCCCUCAGUCCCACCGCCGCUCUGCACCUUCGGCUCCACUGUGGUCCUUCAGCCAAUCUGUUUCUCUGGGGUUCCUCGUCCCUCCAGCUUUGCCUUGAUCAGUCAGUCACCUGACUCUGCCUUGGUUCUCCAAACCUCCAUCAGAGCUUCAUCACUCAUGCCUUCGGCUUCACCGGGGACCUCCUACCCUACGGCUCCACCUUGGUCUUCAGAUCCCCCAGCUCCACCACGGUCCUCUAAGCCUCCGGCACUACCUCAGUACUCCAAACCUCCGGCUCCACCCUGGCCCUUCGAGUCGUCGGCUACUCUCCGGGCACCAAGCCCCUCCAGCUGCUCUGUCUCCUGUCCAAGCCUUGUAGCCGCCUCCCAGAUCACCGGAUCCAGUCCCAGCGGAUUCCCCCGGAUUCAUCCCUGCCUUGAUCAGAUGACAUCGUCCUUGCGUCAUGAAGGCCUGGAUCUGCGUGGAGAGCUGGACAAGGCCCUGCUCAGAGCAUUCACAAAUGAUCAAUGCCAUACAUCUGGGCAGCAUGUUUUUACAGCCAUUGAGAGUAAGCAAAGUACUGACAUGCAAAGUGGUCAUGAAACUGAGUGUUCUGUGAAAUGUUGGAUGGAACAAAAAUCCUACAAAGAUGUUUAGAAGAGAGUGGGAAAACCAUGAACUUGCAUUUAUGGAAGAAUCCAACUACAUUUAAAAACUCAAGUUGUUUAUUCUCUUGAAAGAGAAUCUAAAAACUGGCACACCAUGAGAGGAGAGUUUUUUAUUUAAAUUAUGAUCUGUUACUAGAAAUGCAAAACAUUAUGUAUAAAUAUGCAGAGUGAGAUUUCAGAGAUGCUACAGAGGGUAAGAUUUUCAAUGAAUAACGACUUAAAUUCUGCUCCUUUCCUCGUAAAAAUAUAUAGCAUUGCCUCAGAAGACUUAGGGCAUGUGUCAUAUGGACUAUUUAAAUGAUACAUUUAUCAUGCUUUAUGGUCCUUUUUGGAGCUUGAAAGUUCUUGGACUCUAAAUGCUUUUGUUGAAUGAAAAUUCUACAAAACAUCUCCUCUUGUGUGUUCCACAAAAUAUAUAUAUACACAGGUCUAGAAUAAUAUGAGGGUGAGUAAAUUAGCGGUAAUUCAGGACCCAGAUUUUACAUUGGAUAUCA